CAAGCGUCGCGACGCGCUAGUUUACGUCGAACUGAUACUUCAUAUGGCAUGAAUAUCCAGAAAUUCAAACAAAUUUUCCGCCCUCAAAUAUGGAACAGCGGGUCAUCGUCUCUUGUAUACUCUAGUUUCUUCUAUAUCCUUGCGUGGCGACUUUCUCGGUUCAAUAGAGCAUAGCUACCGGCCUUCAAUUAACCCUACAACUGUGAACAAGGGAGGAGAGUUGCCCGACGAUGAGCGUAUCUAGUACUAUGACGCAGACGGAGCUUCUUCAGGAGUUGACCAAUGAAUGUCGUUAUGACAAGAUGGUCAGACCACCAGGUGAAGUAAACGCCAGCGAUCCUGUAAAAGUCUUGUCCAGAGCUUAUAUAUACACUAUCAAAUCAAACAUGGCGAGGACAUUGCAAUUCGACGUACAGAUGAUGCUUCAGUUUCGAUAUCUCGACCCCAGACUCAAGUUCUCGGAUAUUGCACCAAAUCAUUCUCAAAUCUUUGGCGGUCAAGUGGCUCAUGAUUUAAUAUGGACACCUAUGGUUUAUGUGGCGAACGAGCGGAGUUCUGUUAUCAUGGGAAACGGUGUCAAAGACUUACUCAUCUCCAUUGAUCCUUCUGGCAUGGUUAUUCUUAAUACCAGACUGGAGACCAGUCUCAACUGUGGACUACGCUUAGAGAAAUUUCCUUUUGACGUACAAGAGUGCCCUUUGAGCUUUGAAAGCUGGACAUACAACAUACACGAUAUGCAGCUUGACUGGGAUGAAACUCCAAUUAUUCUUGCAGACGAGCUACAUCUCACAGAGUAUAGUCUCGUCAGUAGUUGGGUUAACAAAUCUGAAGUUUCAUAUACGGUUGCUCAACAGCAUUACGGACACUUUGCCGGAAACUUCAGUUCCAUCAGUAUUACAUUCAAACUCUCACGUGAAAUGGGUUUCUUUAUGAUGGACUAUUAUAUACCAUCAAUCCUGAUUGUUGUUAUAUCUUGGGUAUCAUUUUGGCUUCAUAUGGAUGCUUGUCCGCCAAGGGUUUUAUUGGGCACUAAUACAAUCCUGGCUUUUAUGACUCUUGCAUCUAAAGUCGAAAAUUCAUUGCCAAAAGUCUCAUAUAUAAAGGCCAGUGAGAUUUGGUUUCUAGGAUGCACACUAUUUCUAUUCUCAGCUAUGGUAGAGUUUGCAUUUGUCAAUACCAUCUAUAGGAGGAAAAAAAAUGUCCCACUGAAAAAAGUAAACAGCAAGUACAUUCUCAAGUCAACCCUGACGCCGCGGCUGGCGCGCAAACAAUUUCAAAAGAACACAACAGGGCUAGAACGCUCGCGCUCAUGGUCUUCGCUCGAUAAUAGCAACGCCACAGAGACAGAUUAUACCAGUCAAAAUUAUUUGACCGUGCACAGCUUUCCGAGUACCAUCAAUAUUCCGUCGGUCAAGGUCGAGGAAGAAAAGGAACAGGACUCUGUGGGAAGCAUUAUCACUGUGGAUAGUACACCACCUCCACCCGCAAAAUCAUUUUCACGUAGGCCGACUCUAGCAAAAUUACAUAAUUUUACGACGAUGACGCCCCAGGAGAUUUCACAGUGGAUAGACAAGCGCAGCAGGAUAGUCUUCCCCGUAGCGUUCCUCAUUUUCAAUAUUCUCUACUGGUCUUUCAUCUGGAUUUAA